AUUCUUUCCGGGGCAAAAAAAAUUAGCGCACCCAUGAAUGUACGCUAACGGGCCCGAGUAAUUCAACAUAUAAACGCCCAGAAGACAACAGAGAGGGACAUUUAAAACGUCCAGCGCAGAAGUUUCUACUUCAUCACUCUGUAAGCCCAUGACACAGAGAUGCCGGGGCUCAGUUGUAGGUUUUACCAGCACCGGUUCCCAGAAGUGGAGGACGUUGUGAUGGUGAACGUGAGGUCUAUCGCCGAGAUGGGGGCCUACGUCAGCCUCCUGGAGUACAACAACAUCGAGGGCAUGAUCCUCCUGAGCGAGCUGUCCCGUCGGCGUAUCCGCUCCAUCAACAAACUCAUCCGUAUAGGUCGCAACGAGUGCGUCGUCGUCAUUCGAGUCGACAAAGAGAAGGGAUACAUUGAUUUAUCGAAAAGAAGAGUUUCACCAGAGGAGGCCAUCAAGUGCGAAGACAAAUUCACUAAAUCUAAAACUGUGUACAGCAUCCUGCGACACGUGGCAGAGGUGCUGGAUUACAGUAAAGACGAGCAGCUCGAGAGCUUGUAUCAGCGCACCGCCUGGGUCUUUGAUGAGAAGUACAAGAGACCGGGAUACGGAGCUUAUGACGUCUUCAAACAGGCCGUGUCAGAUCCCGCCAUUCUGGACGGGCUGGAUUUAACAGAGGAGGAGAGGAAUGUGCUGAUUGAUAACAUCAACAGGCGGCUCACUCCGCAGGCCGUCAAAAUCCGAGCAGACAUUGAAGUGGCAUGUUAUGGAUAUGAGGGUAUUGAUGCAGUGAAGGAAGCCCUGAGGGCCGGUCUUGGCUGCUCCACAGAAGCCAUGCCCAUCAAGAUCAAUCUGAUCGCUCCUCCUCGAUACGUGAUGACGACGACCACUCUGGAGCGGACAGAGGGCCUGUCUAUCCUCAACCAGGCCAUGGCUGCUAUCAAGGAGAAGAUAGAGGAGAAGAGGGGUGUCUUUAACAUCCAGAUGGAGCCCAAGGUGGUGACGGACACAGAUGAGACGGAGCUUGCCCGGCAGCUGGAGAGGUUGGAAAGGGAGAACGCUGAGGUGGACGGAGACGACGACGCUGAGGAGAUGGAGGCCAAAACAGAAGACUAGAGUUGGUCCUCGCUGGGGGGAGGGGAACAAAUGUCAAAGCAGCUUUUGUGGACAGACCUGGGAACAGUCACUAUUCAACUUUAACGUUGCAAACAUUAAAUGGCAUUUCUUACUCGAUUGGCAAACAGGUGUCUAACAUGGACAGAAAGAUGGUUACACAUGUCAAACAGCAGUAUGGUUUCCAUUUUAAAUGAACGGGAACCAUUUACAGGCAGCGCCUUCACUUACCUCUGGUGUAAGAGUCCGUAUCCACAGCCUUCAGUGGUGACUUUAUCUGGUAAUUAUCUUCCAGUUUAAGGGUGUUUUACCAGCAAGACCUGCUUCUUGUUCAGCUCCAGUGAAAUGAAUAAAAGUUUAGAAAUUUUUA